AUGCCACCUCGAAUCCGAGAUAUUGGUGCUCUCAAACUGUACGAUGCUGUGCGCGAUGCCUCCGUCGACAGCAUUGAAAGUCUGCUCGCUUCAGGCGUCAAUCCAAAUGCCCGAGUGAUAGACUGGGACCCUGCCGUUUCAGAUAUGCAGACUGUCCUGCCUCCGGAAUUUUUCUCAGACGAGUAUCAAUUUCCCAGCCUUCUUAGGGCCGCCAAAAGUGAAGUGGCGAGAUCAGGCACCGUCGAAAAACGAAAGACAGGGCGACUCAUGACAGCCUUGUUGGAGCAUGGCGCUGACCCAUAUGCACUGUUUCCUCAAUUUAUUCGCACUCAUCCAAAUGUACCUUAUUUUCCAGGGCAGCCUCCGGAUGAACAGUGGCUUGAUGAGGACGUAGAUCUUCACGGUGUCCGACGGACACACAGAGCAGCAGUUGAGAAAGCGCUCCGGGGUGAACGUCGACGAAAAAUGCUUGAGGAAGGAGUUCCUAGCAACGAGGUAGAAGAUCUGAUUGAUCCGAAUCACCUUGAAAGGGAUGAUGACUCUGCCAUGGAGUAUGAGCCUCGCUUUCCCCGAAAGGAAGGUACCUGCAGCGUCAUCCAUGCAAUGCUUGUCAAAGGCCACUUUGUCCAGCCCGUGAUUGAAUUUCUCGGCAAUAGGCUGGAUAUUGAACGGCGAGAUCCGCAAGGCCAGACUCUAUUUCUCGCAGCCUGCCGAAGCAAGAUAGGCCUGGAUAACCUACUCGCAGUUGACAACUAUGGACAAAACGCCCUUCACCAUCUUCUCAGCUGUUUCAAUCGCGCAACCGGCUACGAGCCCCUGAUUAUCGAUAUUUCGCUUAAGUAUUUGCUUAAGAACUGCCCAAGCUUGAUAAACCAACCCACAAAGGCGGGAAUUUAUCCAUUACAGCUUGCGCUGCGACGUAUGGGAUGUGUAUACUCUUGGUCCGAGAGGGAUGUUCCCUCUACCAUUACCCAUUAUGAAACCGCUGUUUACGACCUUCUCGCUGCGAACGCAGAUCCGCUAGUUUGUGAUAGCCGUGGAAAUACCACCCUUCAUUACCUCAGAGGGACUAUGCUAGGCGAGAGCGUUCGAAUGGGCGAUGAACAAAGGCGUCUGCUUCAGGUGUUCAUAGACCGUGGAGUCGACGUGAAGGCGCGGAAUAAGGAUGAUGCCACGGCGCUAGAAUUGUUCUUCAUGACGGGAUAUGACGGUAUGUCCGAAGACGACUUCGGUGAUGAAGAGGUCUUUAGUGAUAUUGGCAAUGAAGUCCUCGAUGCUUUUGAGAAAGCAGGCUAUGACAUCAUGGCGAAGGAUGCGAAUAAACAGUCCCUAUUGCAUCUGGUGGCUGGUCUCCGAUCCUAUCAUUCUGAUGCAUGGUUGAUACUUCUCCAAGAUAAAGGACUCGAUCCCAUGGCCGAGAUAAGAAUGGACGAACUCCUGUUGUAUCGCUAG